AUGUUGCAGGUUCUACGAUAUUGCGAAUCAUUGCAUGGACGAUGGAAUUUGCAAGAAAUCCGAGCUGUAUUCCUGCGACGUCAUCUGCUGCAGAAUAUCGCUUUGGAGCUGUUCCUUGCAACCAGGACGGCCAUCAUGUUUGCCUUCCCUGACCAAGAGACUGUAAGAAAUGUGGUGUAUCAAUUGCCAAGAGUUGGCGUCGGUGUGAAAUAUGGCUUGCCCCAAAGCCGAAAGACCAGUUUGAUGACUCCUAGACAGCUGUUUAAACACUCAGACAUGUGCUUGAAGUGGCAAAAGAGAGAAAUAUCAAACUUUGACUACUUGAUGUUCCUGAAUACGGUAGCGGGUCGAACCUUUAACGAUUUGAAUCAGUAUCCUGUAUUCCCAUGGAUUUUGACGAACUACACAUCCGAGACGCUUGAUCUUAAUGUGGCGGCGAACUUCAGAGAUUUGUCCAAGCCUAUCGGCGCAUUGUCAGAGUCUCGGCGUAAAUUCUUCCAAGAGCGAUACACAUCAUGGGAGGACGAAACAAUACCAGCGUUCCACUAUGGUACUCAUUACUCAACACAAGCAUUUACGCUGAAUUGGUUGAUGAGAGUG